UAAACGCCAUGAAGUGAAAGCAGAAGGAGAACCCGAGCUGCAGUAUUGCUACAGACCUGACUUCUCCAUGAAAACAUUUCUGACGCUUUUACACACAAACACACACUCUCUCUCUCUCUCUCUCUCUCUCUCUCUCUCUCUCUCACACACACACACACACACACACACUCUCUCUCUCUCUCUCUCUCUCUCUCUCUCACUCUCACGGUGAGUUCAACUUGUGUUUUAUUCCUAGCAGUAAUUGGAAAUAUUUUGCAUAUUAAAAGAGUUGAGAAUAUUUCUGUGUCACUGGAGUCUGGUCAGAGAGCGAUAUGGAAAUAUACACUACAUGCAUCAUGAUAUACUACAGACCUGCUGACACUAAACAAGUAAAAAAGAAUAACCUGAAAAACUCAACGUAUGAAAAGAUGAAUUAUAUUCUUAUUUAACGACUAGUGAAGUUGAGAAAUAAUGUCUAUAAUUAUUAACAUUUCUAAUGUGCAAAAUUAUAAUAUCAGAUCUACUGCUUCCAGUGUGAAUGUAAAUGACAGAAAAUGUUUUUUAUGAUGAUAUCAUGAUAUUUGAGCUGUAUUUGAUAUAGACAGAUGUGCACAGGUAAAGCUGCAGUGUGUGCAGAAUGCUGAACAAGAAUUGAUGACAGACAGAACUGGGAUGAUUGACCAUGGUAUCGGGAGAAACUGCGAUAAAUUCCUUCUGCGAUGGUUAUGAAGUGAGACGAUUUAAACGUCUGCAGCGUUAGGAUGGAACAGAAGUGUGCUGUAUCUCGUAAUGUAUGUUUUCUUUUCUCCUGUACGAACUUUAAUAACCUGCUGACUGACUCAGAGCAGAGCUAUGGAAGAUCGUUCUCUGACGUCUUUAAUCUUCUCGUGUCCCUGCAGCCGAGCAGAUAAAACCGUGAAAGUCAGUACGUUUACAUGGACAGCAAUAUUCCGAUAUUUUCUGAUUAAGAUGAUACUCUUGAUUAAGAAACUAGCAUGUAAACAGAGAUUAUUGAUGAUCUUAAUCAGAUUAAAGUCAAACUCGAAGUAAAUACAAAUGGAAUAAAGACGUGUGGAGUAUUCCUGUUUUAGUUACAUUAUCGAUGUGCGUUAAAGACAUGUACACACCUUAAUCACACUAUUAACGUCGUGUGGGAGUUUUCACCGUAUUCUGAAACAGGACAUGUACACACACGACAGUGCUCAACUGUUUUACGGCAAACAAGACAGUACAGCUGUGUCCGAAACUGUGUAGUUACCUACUGUAUACAUUUAUUUCAGCUACUAUAUAUUAGUUAAGUAUGCGAUUUGGGACACAGCCCACGGCUUCAAGCAGUCGUCUAUUAGCACGUACAGCAUGACAAAUAAUUAACUGCACUUGAAGCGUUCAUAAAAAAUAAAAACACCCAAAACUGUAUACGGUCCCAUAAGGAAGACCAACUGUAUGUUGAUACGUGAAAUUCUGGAGGGACGUCGGACGGCGUGGUGCGGUGACGUAAUGACGUGUGCUGUUAAUCAAUCUAUGUUCUAUAACACGUAAAACAUGAACAUGUCAGGAGUAUUCUAAAAGCGACUCACGUAAACACCUUAAUCACAAUAUUGUCUUAUUCAGAAUAAGGUCAGUUAGAUUACUGCUGUCCAUGUAAACGUAGUCAUCAUUAACAAGUAAUUUAGCAAAAAGAAAACUUACUACACACUAAAGCGAGUAACUCUAAAUCUACUUAUCUAUAACAAGUGUUUAAUUCAAGUUAAGUAUUAAAAUUCAGUGGCACCAAAUACUAACAAAGUGUAUGUAAACAUUUGACUCACUGAAAAUCUAAUAUAGUAAAUAAAAGCUGAAAUAAAUAAAAAAGCUUUUAUUUUGAAAUGAUAUAUUAUUGAAAAACAGUAGAUAUAAUAAUAGAUAUAAUGCAUGAAAUGUGCAGGGUUGGUCGUAACUGUGUUAGUGAACGAUACAGCUCUCUGUGUGGGAGAAGAAUUACAUCAUUAUCACAGUCUAUAAGUGUUAGUGAUCUCGAAUUGUGCAAUAAGAAGUAUGGAUUAAGCUUUGCACCAUUUAUCUUUUUACAUUGAUAGCGUUUAGCAGAUGGCCAUUCAGCAGAAGAUCAGUAGGUAAGGGUAUGAGAGUGCCAUUGAGCUAAAACACUGUAAACGUAAAUAAAACACAGAAAGAAAAGAAAACACACAAGUCGAGGGAUUUUAUUUAAAAUGUGUUCACUCCAGUGCUUGGUGAAGAGGAAAGUCUUUAGUCUUCAUUUGAGGACCACCAGUGACUCAGCUGUUCUCCAGCCAGGGGAAGGUGAACACUCCUGUUUCAGUUGAUCAAGAACUUCUUAAGGCGAUGAUGAGAUGGUCAGGUGGACACCAUUAUGGUUGGAGCUAAAGUCUUCAGGAAGGUAGAUCUCCAGGAACGGGGUUGGUGACCACUGGUCUUCACCAUUGCUACUGUGAAGCAUGGUGGUGGCAGCAUCACAUUGUGGAGGUGUUUUGCUGGAAAAGGAUACUGUGUAUCCUGAUGGUGGUUCCAGUCGAGCUGUGGAUGGAGGAUGGACGGGAGCGUGGUGCAGAAUGGGGUGUGAUAUAUCUGGUGCAGCAGGGGGGAGCGUAGCAAUGUGGUGCUCUGCUGCACCUCUGCUCAACCAUAAUUCACAACCCCAGAAAUAUGAAGAACACCCUGUUACAAGCUGAUGUCUGGAUGGAGCUCUAGUAGUGAGCAAAAGACUUCAGAUACUAUUUCCAAAAACACUGCAAAUAGACAAAUGCCUAAAAGAAUCCAGGCCUACUCGGACUGUGGGAAGAGUUUUACUCAGACAGAGCAUCUCAGAAAACAUCAGCGCAUCCAUUCAGGAGAGAAACUGUAUCGAUGCUCACUGUGUGGAAAGAGUUUUACUCAACAGAGUACUCUCCAAACACACCAACGCAUCCACACAGGAGAGAAGCCGUACCACUGUGUCGAGUGUGGGAAACGUUUUAAUCAGCAGAAUUCUCUCCAGAAACACCAGCGCAUCCACACGGGUGAGAAACCGUACUGCUGCUCGGUGUGUGGGAAGAGCUUUACUCAGCAGUGUACUCUUCAGCGACACCAGCGUGUUCACACCGGAGAGAAACCCUAUCACUGCUCGCAAUGCGGGAAGAGUUUUACUGAAAGAGAUGAUCUCCAGCGACACCAGCGCAUUCACACAGGAGAUAAACCGUAUAUCUGCUCGCAGUGUGGGAAGAGUUUCACACAACAAAGUCAUCUACGGCAACACCAACGCACUCACACUGGAGAGAAGCCGUAUCAGUGCUCGGACUGUGGGAAGAGUUUCACCGAGAGAGGCCAUCUUCAGCGACACCAGCGCAUUCACACCGGAGAGAAGCCAUACCACUGUUUCCAGUGUGGGAAGAGUUUUAUUUCCCCGAGUAUCCUCCAGCAACACCAGCGCAUUCACACCGGAGAGAAACCGUAUCACUGCACGCAGUGUGGAAAGAGUUUCACUCAACAAAGUACUCUACAACAACACCAACGCAUUCACACGGGAGAUAAACCCUAUCACUGCUGCGAGUGCGGGAAGAGUUUCAAUCGCAACAGUCAACUCCAACACCAUCGCUGUGUUCAGUGACAUCAGUGCGGAGAACAUUAUUUAUAUACUCCAACACAGCCAAUAGCUAACUACACAAUGUUUAUGUGAUCAGUUUAGCAUUUAGGCUUAAGCUUUAAAUUAGGGAUGGAAGGAUUGAUCUGAUUUAGAUUGGAAGCGGUCAAAUAAUAGUCCAGAAAUUAACGCAAAAUCAUGGAAACUCAACAAUAUUUGGAGGAGCUUGCAAUUUCUCAAAAUAACCACAGAUUUGCAUCAAGAGGCAUCAUGUGACAUCAUUCAGUUCAAUUCAGUUCAGUUUUAUCUGUAAAGCCGUUUUAUCUGUAUAUAGUUCAAUUCAAUUCAAUUUUAUUUGUAUAGCACUUUUUACAAUAGACAUUGUCUCAAAGCAGCUUUACAGAAAUAUCAACAUGGUAUACAGAUAUUAAAGGUGUGAAUUUAUCCCAACUGAGCAAGACACUGAGUGGCGACGGUGGCAAGGAAAAACUCCCUAAGAUGUUUUAAGAGGAAGAAACCUUGAGAGGAACCCGACUCAGAAGGGAACCCAUCCUCAUCUGGGUCACAACAGAUAGUGUGAAAAAGUUCAUUAUGGAUUUAUAUGAAGUGUGUAUGGCCUUAGGAGCAGCCGUAGUCCCAGCAGUCUGGAAUUAAAGAAGAUUUGAGCUCCAUCCAGAGGCAGAAAGGAUCUGGAUCUCUAGUGUCUCCAUAAAUUCGUGUGGGGCUCGGCGAAAGGAGAGAGGGAGAAAAAAGAUAAUUAUGACUGCGAAGUAGUAGAACAGAAUCUAGUCAGGGUAGGCUUGAGUAAACAAAUACGUUUUAAGCCUAGACUUAAACACUGAGACUGUGUCUGAGUCCCGAACACUAAUUGGAAGACUGUUCCAUAACUGUGGGGCUCUAUAAGAGAAAGCUCUUCCCCCUGCUGUAGCCUUCACUAUUCGAGGUACCGUCAGAUAGCCUGCAUCUUUUGAUCCAAGUAGGCGUGGCGGAUCAUAUAAAACCAAAAGGUCGCUUAGAUAUUGUGGUGCGAGACCAUUUAGUGCUUUAUAGGUUAAUAAAAGUAUUUUAGAAUUAAUGUGAGAUUUUACUGGGAGCCAAUGCAGUAUUGAUAAUAUCGGUGUGAUGUGGUCGUACCUUCUAGUUCUAGUUAGGACUCUAGCAGCUGCAUUCUGGACUAACUGGAGCUUAUUUAUAUUCCUACUGGAACAUCCAGACAGUAAGGAAUUACAGUAAUCUAAUCUAGAGGUGACGAAUGCAUGAACUAGUAUUUCCGCAUCAUGUAGUGACAAUAUGUUUCUUAUCUUAGAAAUAUUUCUGAGAUGAAAGAAGGCUAUCCUAGUAAUAUUAUCUACAUGAGCAUCAGAUGAUAGACUGGAGUCAAUAAUCACUCCAAGGUCUUUAACUGCUGCACAUGAUGAAACAGAAAGACCAUCCAGAGUAACCAUGUGAUCAGAAAGAUUACUUCUAGCUACACGUGGGCCUAAUAAAAGUAUUUCUGUUUUUUCAGAAUUAAGUAGAAGGUAGUUAAUUAACAUCCAAUGUCUAAUGUCCUUUAUACAAUCCUCAACUUUACUAAGCUUCUGUCUGUCCUCUGGCUUCGCUGAAACAUGCAGCUGUGUAUCAUCAGCAUAACAGUGGAAGCUAAUUCCAUGUUUACGAAUAAUUUGACCUAGGGGUAGCAUAUAUAAAGUAAAGAGCAGUGGGCCUAAAACAGAACCCUGUGGAACUCCAAAAGUAACCUCAGUACGCAUGGAGAAAUCACCAUUUACAUCUACGAACUGAUAACGAUCGGUCAGAUAAGACCUGAGCCAGGAGAGGACUGUUCCCUUAAUGCAACAACAUUUUCUAAUCUAUCAAGGAGAAUAGUGUGAUCUAUAGUAUCAAAAGCUGCACUAAGUAACACAAGCAGCGAGACACAACCCUGAUCGUAGGUCAGUAGAAGGUCAUUUACUACUUUAACUAACGCUGUCUCUGUGCUAUGAUGAGGUCUAAAUCCUGACUGAUACAUUUCAUGAAUGUUAUUCCUAUCUAAGUACGAGCAUAACUGCUUUGCUACAACCUUUUCUAAAAUCUUAGAGAUGAAGGGGAGAUUUGAUAUUGGUCUAUAGUUGGACAAUUGAGACGGGUCAAGGUCAGGUUUUUUAAUCAAGGGUUUAAUAACUGCUAAUUUAAGUGAUUUAGGUACAUAGCCACUGCUUAGGGAAGAAUUGAUUAUAUUUAGAAGUGGCUCAAUUACUCCUGGACAAAUCUGUUUAAAGAAACAUGUAGGUACGGGAUCUAGUAUGCAAGUUGAUGAAUUGGCUGAAGAGAUUAAUGUAGCUAGUUCGGUCUCUCUAAGCGGAGCAAAACACUCUAAACAUUGAUCUGAUAUUGCUACAUUGUCAUGUAAUGGGUGUGUUACAGUACUGUCCGGUUUUAAUUUAAUGGCCUGUAUUUCACGUCUAAUAUUUUCAACCUUAUCAUUGAAAAAUUUCAUGAAAUCUUCACUGCUUUGUAAUGACUGAGUGUUUCUCUCUGUAGUGGUUUUAUUCCUAGUUAAUUUUGCUACUGUGUUGAAAAGGAAUCUAGAAUUGUUUUUGUUGUCUCCUAUUAAGGUGGAGAAAUAGAUUUUUCUAGCAUCGCCAAGAGAUUUCCUAUAUUUCAGUAGGCUCUCCUUCCAUGCUGUUUGAAAUAUCACCAGUUUGGUUUGACGCCGUUUACGUUCUAAUUGUCGAGUUGUCUGUUUUAAGGUUCGCGUUUGAUCGUUAUACCAGGGUGCUAAUUUUUUUUCUCUAAUUAUUUUCCUUUUGAGUGGAGCCGCUCUAUCUAGCGUGUAGCGGAGUGUUGACUCCAAGCUUUCAGUCGCCUGAUCGAGUUCUGUGUGAUCUGACGGUGAUCCAAAUCUAAUUGAUGUUUCUGCGAGGUUAUUUAUGAAGCUCGGUGCAGUAGCUGAUGUGUAGGUACGUUUUACGCGGUAGCGAGGCGAGGUGGAAAUAUUAUGAUCAAUUCGUAUUAUGAACGAGAUAAGAUAAUGGUCUGAGACAACUUCAGACUGCGGAAAAAUGAUAAUAUUUUCUAUAUUUAAUCCGUAUGUUAGUAUGAGGUCAAGAGUGUGACCACCAUUAUGAGUAGGCCCGAUUACGUUCUGAUUAAUCCCUACUGAAUCUAAGAUGGACACAACCGCUAAUCUUAGAGGGUCUUCCAGGUUAUCAAAAUGAAUAUUAAAGUCUCCGACGAUUAAUGCUUUAUCUACAGACACAACCAGGUUUGAGACAAAGUCUGCAAAUUCACUAAGAAUUUCAGUAUAUGGCCCUGGGGGUCUGUAAAUAAUAAUUAGAGGAAUUUACUUAUUUUUUGUGGCUACAUAACUUAUACUGGUAUAAAGAAUUUCAAAAGAAUUAAAUUUAUGCUUAGGUUUUUGUGUGACGAUAGAUUUUUACUAUGGAUGAGACCAACACCUCCUCCUCUACCAGUUGAACGAGGCUGAUGUACAUAACUGUAUCCAGGAGGACUGGCUUCAUUUAAUGCUAUGUACUCAUUUGGUUUAAUCCAAGUUUCUGUUAAACACAUUAAAUUACAUUCCUGGUCAGUAAUGAUGUCGUUAACACUAAGAGCCUUAGAUGCAAGAGAUCUAAUGUUUAAUAGUCCUAGCUUCAGAUCAAAAGUGCUGGCUGUGCAUUCAAUAUGAUUUAAUUUUAUGUUAAUUAGGUUACGAAGAUAGACUUUCUGAGAUUUUCUAUAUAUUUGUAUAGCUCGGGGAACAGACACGGUCUCUAUAGUAUGUAUUACCGGGCCCGGAUUUUUAGUUGAACAUUGAUUAUACUGAAUGUUGUUAUUAUUGGAAGAUGUAUAGAAAUAUAUCAAUUCAGGAUAUAGAUGUUAAAUGUAUGAAUUUAUCUCUAAUGAGCAGCCAGAGGUGACGUGGUGAGGAAAAUCUCCCUGAAACGAUUUGAGGAAGAAACCUUGAGAGGAACCAGACUCAGAAGGAACCCAUCCUCAUCUGGGUGACACCAGAUAGUGCGAUUAUAAAUAAAUACACCCCUUCUAUAAAUGUGCUAAUACUACAUGAUCAAAUAGUGCAGUUGUGUAAGCAGGAAAUUCAUUACAGUUUCUACAGCAAGUCUGUUUUGUUGAACUUCUCCACUGUUCACUGAUGGAGACUCAAGUGCAGAACUGUUUGUGGUAAUAGUAGUUCUAAAGCUAUCACAGCAUAACUGUUCAUAUGAACUGAGGUCCAAAGCAUCUUUAUGGUGUUUAAGUGGAACCGUCCUCAGUAAUCUCAGUGAUCUUUAGUCUGCACCAUGUGGGACAUCCUCAGCAGCAGCAUGUGACCUCCAACUGAUGAGAACUCCAACCAGAAGAAGGACAUCAGGAUGCAUCAGACAGGUCCGGAGAGCAGAAGGGGUCAGGAUCACUGGCAUCUCAGGUGAUAAUGUGUAUUUCUUUUAUUUGACCAAUACGGCCAGCUGAUCCACGACAUGAGAGUCAAAUCCUGCUGUUUGUUCUGAGGGUUAAAUGUAAAUAGAACUGUGCACUGAAACAUGUCAGUGCUUCCUGUCUGAUUUUAAUUUUGUGCCUCGUAGUGGAAGCAAAGCAAAGGAUUUUAACGUCUUGAGCUGCCGUCACUGCUUCACAGUAAACACUGAAAGUAUA